AUGGCAUCCAACGGCACCGCCGAGCACACCCCCUCCGCUUUCCGAUACAACAACAACAACACCGCCGUCAAGAUGGAGACCGCUACAAACGGCCACGCCAGCACGCCUGGCCCAGACCCCUCCACCGUCAAGAAGACCACCGCCGCCGCUAGUACUUCCAACCCCGCCCAAUCCACCUUCGCCGUCAAAGCGGGCCUCGCCCAAAUGCUCAAAGGCGGCGUGAUCAUGGACGUCGUCAACGCCGAACAAGCCCGCAUCGCCGAGGAGGCGGGCGCCUGUGCCGUCAUGGCCCUCGAGCGCGUGCCCGCCGACAUCCGCGCGCAAGGCGGCGUCGCGCGCAUGUCGGACCCGUCCAUGAUCCAGGAUAUCAUGCGCACCGUGACCAUUCCCGUGAUGGCGAAGGCGAGAAUUGGACAUUUCGUCGAGUGUCAGAUUUUGCAGGCGAUUGGCGUGGACUAUAUCGAUGAGAGCGAGGUGUUGACGCCGGCGGACCCGACGCACCAUGUGGAUAAGAGUGGGUUUAACACGCCUUUUGUGUGCGGGUGUAGGAACUUGGGAGAGGCGUUGAGGAGGAUAAGCGAGGGGGCUGCGAUGAUAAGGACGAAGGGAGAGGCUGGGACUGGGGAUGUUGUCGAAGCUGUGAGGCACAUGCAGACUGUGAACGCGGAGAUUGCGCGGGCGAGCAGUGCGUCUGAGAACGAGCUGCGGCAGAUGGCGAGGGAGUUGGAAUGUGAUUUCGCGCUGUUGAAGGAGACGGCGAGGCAGAAGAGGCUGCCUGUGGUCAACUUUGCGGCUGGUGGAAUUGCGACGCCGGCGGACGCGGCGUUGAUGAUGCAGAUGGGCUGUGAUGGAGUGUUUGUGGGUUCGGGCAUUUUCAAGUCGGGCGAUGCGGCGAAGAGGGCCAAGGCGAUUGUGCAGGCGACGACUCAUUACAAUGAUCCCAAGGUGCUGGCUGAGGUUAGCAUUGGAUUGGGCGAGGCCAUGGUGGGCAUUAAUGUUGAGAAGAUGCCCGAGACCAACAAGUUGGCCAAGCGAGGGUGGUAG